GAGGCGGUGACGCAGGACCUGGACUCCCGCGUCCAGCGGAGAAGCAGGAGAAGCCGGGCGACCUUGCGUUCUCAGCCUGAUCCCUGUCUGGCGGCCUGAACAUUCGCAGCUGGAGAGAUGGCGUUUGUGAAGAGUGGAUGGUUACUUCGACAGAGCACCAUUCUGAAACGCUGGAAGAAGAAUUGGUUCGACCUAUGGUCAGACGGUCACCUGAUCUACUACGAUGAUCAGACUCGGCAGAGCAUAGAGGAUAAGGUCCACAUGCCUGUGGACUGCAUCAAUAUCCGCACGGGGCAUGAGUGCCGGGACAUCCAGCCUCCAGAUGGGAAGCCCAGAGACUGUCUGCUGCAGAUCGUUUGCCGAGACGGGAAGACCGUCAGUCUCUGUGCAGAGAGCACAGACGACUGCCUGGCAUGGAAGUUUACACUGCAGGAUUCCAGAACGAACACAGCUUACGUUGGCUCAGGAAUCCUGUCUGAAGAGACUGCAGUGGCUGCGUCGCCGCCUCCCUAUGCAGCCUAUGCUACACCAACCCCCGAGGUCUAUGGCUAUGGUCCAUACAGUGGCGCAUACCCUGCAGGAACUCAAGUUGUCUAUGCCGCCAACGGGCAGGCAUAUGCAGUGCCAUACCAGUACCCAUACGCAGGAGUUUAUGGACAACAACCUGCCAACCAAGUCAUCAUCCGUGAGCGGUACCGAGACAAUGACAGUGACCUGGCUCUGGGCAUGCUCGCCGGGGCAGCCACAGGCAUGGCCCUGGGCUCUCUGUUCUGGGUCUUCUAGAGCCUUCAACAUUUUCUGUGCAUAGCUUCUGUUAGUCCUGUGUGCAGUAAUUUGAUUUGCAGGGCAUUUCUGUUUGUGACAAGUGUCUUUCAUAGUAAUUUAAAUAGUUCUUUUGAAGGUGGUAAUCUAAUAAUUGUGACUGACCUGCAUGGUACCACAAAGAAAGCCCGAGGUAUGCUGUGAGUGAGAGCCUGAGUCCUUCCGGGUACUAGCUUGCACCAAGUCUUUCUUAGGGACUCGCGGAUGGCUUUAUGUAAACACACCCAGUUAAACGGGCGCUUUUCCGUUCAGUUAGGUGCAGUAUUGAAUGGAGGGAUGGCUUUCCUUGCUAUGCCAAUACUAAUACUGCUGAUGGAGGAGGAUGUGUGUAAGUGUGGUGAGGAGAGUCGCAGCUUUCUUUAACUGUGGAAUCUCACUCUAGACCCCUGCUGCAUGUUACCCUAGGAGCUGUGGGCUAGUGGCUCCUGCAAGACUGUGGUGUGAGGACCCCAUAACGUACCCCUUGGAGCUCCUAGGUACCGGCAGGAUUGGCUGCUCAGGAUACAGAGGGCCACCCCCUCCCUUUAAGAACUAUGCUCCAGUAAUCUGUCCAGUUUUAUUUUCUUGUUAUUCUUCUGUUUGCUUUUCCUGAGGAUGAGUGGAAUUAGUCUGGAGUUAGGAAUUGAUUCGAGCCUCCGAAUUCGAGCCUUUGCCUUUAAGCCCUGCUGAAUGAGGAGGUGAGUGCCGUGGGUGGGGGUAUGCUGAGAGCUGCCCUGCUAUUCUCAGUGUCCGUCCGCUUUAGGUAAGCUCAGGCUGCAGAGAGCCUAUAGAGACUAUUUUUCUACUUGUAAAGAAAGUAUGGGGAGGGGAAUUGAGGAGAGCCUUGUUAGAAUGUCCCUGCCUCAGGCCUUCUGUCCUGGAGAGGCUCUUUCUCAGCAGUGGAAGGGAGGCCUCGUGGUAGUUCAGAGUCUCAGGUUUUGAGUGAGACAUGGGAUUGGGUAGAGCAUCUCAGGGAUUUGUUCUAAUUCCUCAUGUUAGCGGGGAUCCAGCCUUGUUCUCAGUCCAGACCCACUCGCUCACCACAGAAGAGCUUAAGACAUUUCUAGUCCCCAAAUGUGUGACACUCUGGGAAGCUCACAAUCUGGCUUUCUGACAAAAAUUUGUAUUUCUAAUAUUAGAGAAUACAUGUUCCACAUACUUAAAUUUUCCGUUCUUUCAUGUUUUAAAGCUCCCAAUUCCAGCUUUGUGACAGGCAUGUUUUAGUUUCAAACAGUACCACCACCACCACCCAAAGGUGGGAUGGCACAGUGAAGGCCCCGCCCUCUACUUUGCAUAGUCUUGUUCCUCCAGGGUGCUCCCAGGAAGCACUAGUUCUGUCUGUGCCCAGCCCAGCGCAUGUGUGCUACCUUGCCAUGCUGCUGGGCAGCUCUCUCUUGGUUAGUUCAAGUCUUCAACAGAUCUCUAUGUGAGACAGUUGCCAAGUAGAUGAGGUGGUGCCCACAGUGCUUUCUCGCUACUCCUUGGGGACCUGUUGACACAGCCCUGCCCAUUUCCAGUUGACGUUUGUUUCUCUGUCAUCUCUGGUAGAUGGGAUAUGUGACAACAUGGUACAGAUGCCAUACAGUGUUGCUUUAAUAAGCAUGACGCUGAUUUUACAUCCUGUACUGUAAGAUUGCCGUUUGCUCACAGUGUCACCAUUGCAAAGCUCCGUGCUUUACUUGCAAAACACAAAAACCAGUGACUAGUGUUACACAUUUAAUUUUGAAGUUAGUUACUGACAUUCCUAAUGCCAUAGAGUACUGAGUUCAUGUCCCUGAAGUACUUUUGAAACAGCAUUAUCUCCUACUGUCCCAUGGGUGUGCCCAGUGGGGCUAGCUGUACCAGGCAGCCGUAGUUGAGCCUGAUCAUUUCCUGUCACCAGUUUGACUUGAUUACAUACCCAGAAUGGAAUACAUUCUCGGGCAUCUCACUUCCUCAGCCCUGAUCCUCACUGACGAGACGCCACCCCUUCGAUGGCUUUCCCGGCGUCGCUUGUACCUCAGUGAGUCAUGAGAUCCAUGAGUUGGAGGGAACUACUUGUCUGGCAUUGAGGAACAUGUCUCCUCCACUGAGACUUUUAAAUAAUGAUACAGGGCUGGAAGAGGCUGGCUGCUGACACUGCGUCGUGGCGCUGAGUUAAGAACCUUCCAUAUGGAUGGCCUGAGGCUGCUUCCUCAGAUCGUCCCUUGCCAGGAAGGCUCGGCUUAGGUUAUUAGUGCCCACAGUAGCCUUCUGGAGUGCAGCAAGUUCGUGCGUUUGAGACAGAAUGGUUCAGAUUUAUCUUCUACAUCUGUUGUUGACCCCAUGUAACCUCUCAUUUUGCCUUCCGGUCUAUGUAGAUGAAAGAUGAAAGGCAGAGGAUGUAGACAGUCUUCUCUGUGAUUGCUUCUGUUAUUCUGUUGCACCUACUGAGCCCGUUUUCUCCCUGUAUGUGCAUACAGUAUGUUUAUAAGUGAAUUUAUCAAAAUAUUAAAUGAUCACUAACCUUAAA